CACCGAGACCUGUCAAACUGGCUGAUGCUGAGGACACGCGGAGCCUACGGGCGCCUCUGGAAUAGCGCUCCCAUGUCCCGAGCCUAGCGACAUCCAGCGAACCUGCAUCCCACCAGCAUCCUCGUCCCUCCACUACUGUGGACGCCCUUGCAUGCCAAACUGAUUCGUUCUGCGCCGCUCGUCUUGUGCAACGGCUCUUUGUUGUCAUCUUUUUUUCUCGUCCCAUAUUUAUCCUACCUACCUCCUCCUACAUCUGACCGUUCUCUCUCAGCAUGACUCUUUCAGAGGAUACGCAUACCAGUCAUGGCGCCUCGCGAUCAGAGCCCCAUGCCUCCUCCACCUCCUCCCAACUCUCCAGUGCUCAAGCGCUUCCAGAACUGAAGACCAGGAUAAAAGCCGGAUUGAGGACCUAUCCAGAUUUUCCCAAAAAAGGCAUACUAUUCGAAGAUAUCUUUCCCCUCUUCUCCUCUCACUCGCUACACCAAGACCUCAUUCGAGCCUAUGAGCUCCAAAUCCUCGAGUCCUUUGGCCCUGGCAACACGCCAGAUGUGAUUGUCGGCCUUGAUGCCAGAGGUUUCCUCUUUGGCCCAACUUUGGCUCUAAAAUUCGGCGCAGGGUUUGUGCCGGUCAGGAAGGAGGGCAAACUUCCUGGUCGACUCGAAACUGCUACCUACGAGAAGGAAUAUGGCACCGACACCUUUGCUAUUCAAGCAGACUCUAUACAGCCUGGUCAAAAGGUCUUGAUUGUGGAUGACCUGAUCGCAACCGGUGGUUCAGCCUCUGCAGCUGGCACUCUGGUCAAUAAAUGUGGCGGCACUUUACUCGGCUACAUAUUCAUCAUUGAACUCACCUUCUUGGGCGGCCGCAACAAGCUCAACGCUCCGGUCUAUACCCUACUCGAAAGCCAGUCUGAAUAAGCACUAUGGACAAUACCGAAAGCUAUACGAUAAGCAUCUAUUCAACAGACAGAAUUUGCUGCUUCAGCUUCGAUAUCGCAACCUGAACCUUGUCUGUAAUGUUGAACCAACCUCGACUGGCGACUUCGAAUUCGACAAUCCUGCAACAAAAUGAAGCUAAGACGAUCUAUCGUGCCUCGAAAAGUGCCGUGUAAGGAAGGAUUCCAUGAUGAGCAGGUGCCAACCUCCGAAUCCUGCUUCAUAUCUGGUAUUGAUUCUUUGUGCUGGUGGUUCCACGAUAAUUGCGAACUGAAAAAGCGGUGAUGAUUUUUCGGCUGUUCUUCUCAUUAACUUGCGAACGUUUCCUGCUAGCCAUGCAGCCUGGUCUAUUCUACAUAAUGUCUUUGUACUAGAAAUUGCCUCCAUUCCGGCAUAAAUACCUUACCAUUCUAUUCGAGCUCCGAGAAUUAGAGCCGUUAGAUAGAGAUAGACUAUAAUAUCUUCAUUGAUCAUUGAUCCUA